AUGCUAUGUGACUUAUAUGAACCAAUAUCCACAGGCCUCUUCAAAGGCUCCACCACCACCCUCGACGGAAUAGGCCUACGACCGAUGCCCGCGGAAAGGCCGAAGACAUUACGGAAACUCAAGUCAGUGUACGAUGCGUCACCCACAGAGCCUACUAAUGUCAACACCAACAGCAGCAAUGGACAGGUGGACAGAAGCUUCAAUGGUACGGAGGAUGAAGUCAGAAGAAGGAGUAAUACGACAAGCUCGAGUCACAGUGGCGACAAAUCUCUCUCAAUACUCAGCCCAUUUGAUGAGCAGGAGGAAUGGGCGAAAAUCUCCGAGAUAAUGGCCUCAUUCGGGAGCAAGCUUGUUCGCGAAUCCGUCUUCGUCUCAGAACUUGAACAAGAGUUCACGAACCGCCUCGGCCUCAGUUGUUCCGAGUCCAGUCUUAGUCCGUCGGUGGCGUCCAGCCUGGGUCUUUGGCUGUCUGGCUUGGGUCUACAUGACUAUGAACCCUUAUUCAUAGAUAGCGGAUAUGAUGAUAUUGAGUUUGUCAACGGAAUCCUGGACGAGAACGACCUACGAGAAAUGGGAAUAGAAGAGAACGAUAGACAAAAAAUUCUAGAAUCAUCGAAACAGUUACCUCUUAAGAUUACAGAAAUAAGCAAUAAUCAUAACAAUAACGUAAUAAAAAAUCAAUAUGGCUCCGUCGACGAAUGGUUACGGAACAUUAACUUAGAACAAUAUAGUGAGACUUUUAGAAAGCAUUUGUAUGUAGAUAUGGAUCGGGUUAGGAGAAUAUGGGAAGUGGAACUGACUGCGGUAUUGGAGAUAAAUAAGCCGGGGCACAGGAAACGAAUCCUCUGUUCUGUGUCAGGGGAGCAUAAUGGUCCGGCGAAUAACAUCGAGGAUAUUAAUGCUGAUCUCAAUAAUUUGAAAAACUAUAUUCAACAGCUAAAAGACGAAAUCAAAGAAAAAUUGCCGCCUUCGGAAAAUUUGAAGCCUGUACCACCGCCUGUCGUUCCCACGCUAGCGCCACCAGGAGGCGAGACUUUAAAACGUAGUAAAAAGAACAGACCUGCUCCUCAACCUCCUAGACCCUCUGAUCUGGAGAUCAGGGCGCCUUCGGAACUGCUAGUCGGAGUACCGGGGGCAUUGAAGACGCAGUGGAAACAUCAGCCAUUCGUACUGGUGACUGGUGCUGUUACAUAUGUAGCUAAUUACUUAGGAUCGACGGUUGUGAAAGAAUUACGAGGGACGGAAUCGACAAAGAAAUCAAUACAAAAACUGAAGAAAACUACCAAAGAGCCACGGGAUUCGCCCGAUAUCAUUCUGUCUAUCAGUUAUCGAGGUGUCAAGUUCCUAAACACUAUAACAAGGGAGUUGGUGUGUGAACACGAAAUCCGAAACAUUCACUGCGCCUGUCAAGACGCCGAUGACCUGACGCAUUUUGCUUACAUUACAAAAGAUCACACCACCAAGAGUCACUAUUGUCAUGUCUUUAGAGUUGCUACUAUGGAUCAAGCGACUGAAGUGAUCUUAACUCUUGGUGAAGCAUUUGAAGUUGCCUACCAAAUGGCCCUUCGAGAACAAGCAAUCAAGAGUAAAGUCACCCAAUCAAUAACGAAAACACCACAGCAUGAGGUAAAAGAAAAGCCAUAUCACGGCAGAUCACAUUCCAUAACAGAGAUAAAGUUGAAUGGUCAUCAACUGAAAAUCGCACCUAUUGCUGCUUCACUAUCUAACGAAGACUUCCAGAAGGACGGAUCAAAGAGCCCUAGGACUCCACUACUGAAAGCGCCCAUAGCGUCUACCGAAGAAUUGUGA